GGUGUGGACACGCAAGCGCGCCGCUCGUCCAUGCAAAUAGACCAGAAGGGGCUGGGUGACCAGGCAGCUCGCUCUCACUUCUCGCCAAGAAGUCUUUGAGGCAACAGAGGCACCCCCGCGGCUGCAGACAUGGCUGACCUCGCCAAGCACGAAGUUGAACGCGCCGAGUUCGCUUUCUCCAUCUACGACAAUGAGGGCAAUGGCAUCGACGCCGUCGACCUGGGUAACCUUCUGCGCGCCCUCAACCUGAACCCCACCGGCACCACCAUCGAGAAGUUGGGCGGCACCAAGAAGAAGAACGAGAAGAAGAUCAAGUUUGACGAGUUCCUCCCCAUUUUCUCCCAAUGUAAAAAGGACAAGGACCAGGGCUGCUUUGAGGACUUCAACGAGUGCUUGAAGCUGUACGACAAGGAAGAGAAUGGAAAGAUGCUUUUGGCUGAGCUUACACACAUGCUUUUGUCCCUUGGUGACAAGAUGGAGAAUUCCGAAGUCGACGUCAUCAUCGCCGAUUGCUGUGGACCUGAGGACGAUGACGGUUUCAUCGAUUAUGUGCCCUUCCUGAAGAAAGUUGUUGCUGGUCCCCCUGACACCAAGAAGUGAAUAAUUCCUUCCUCAAGAACGUGUGCGCUGCGGGAGUAUCCACUGAAUAAACAAAAUCCUCUCUUGAGCAAUUUCAUUUUUCAUUUCCAAGAUGGCCCACCAGCCGCAACUUUCUUUUACAACAACGGCCAAAUUUACACCUUCUACAUCAACAAUUGAUUUGCAUUCGAUAACAAGAACACUGCACACACAAAAAAAGAGAAUGCGCAGCUGACUCGCCGUUUAUUUUCUUUUUUGAAGCUGCCGCUUCUUAGGAAUGCAAAAUAUAAUAAAUGAUGACGACGAUAAUAAUAAUGUUUCAUGUGUAAACAUAUUUAAUAAAACCAAAUAAAAACAACUUAA